AUGGUGCCAGAUAUCUUUUCGUGCAGGAAUGACUUGCUGGCGCGGCCACUGGCGCUGUGGAAACAUGUGGACGUUGAUUUUGCUGAGGAAGUGCUCACAGCCACCUCGGCCUCGGUCCCCCUGCUCCAUGCAGGCAGCCCCCUCACGCAGCCCAGCAGCGGCCUCGCCAUUGUGAGAUUCUGCCCUGCAAAUUCUCAAGAGCACACUUGUGAUAGAGGCAAGCAGACAGAGGCGGAGCGAGUGCUGGAGAUGAGAGGAAAAUCAGCCAUGCAUGAGAAGAUUAUGCACCCAAAAGCCCCCUGCCGAUUUGUGCGACAGGUGAGGCAGGACAGCAUCACGCGGUGGCUGCAGCCGCGUGCGAUGGCGGUGCGCUCGCUGCGGCUGCGCGGGUUUGGAUUGGCGACGAUCCUGGGGACGGUGGUGAUGUCGCUUGAGGAGUUGGUUGUGGAGCGCUGCUAUGACCUCAUCACCACCGCGGCGCUCAGAGCCAUGGGCUCCUGCAAAAAGCUCAAGGUGCUGAGCCUAAAGGGCAUCCGGAGCGUGCUGGACGUGGAGGACUUUGAAGCAAUCGCGGCCUUGCGGCAAUUGGAGGAGCUGGUUCUGGACUGUGACCAGCCGCCGGAGCCAGAGCCCGGCAGCGAGGAGAUCAAGUGGGGCCUGCCCGAGUUCCCCGAGGGCAUGCUGCACCUGGUCAACAUGACCCACCUCACCCUCUCCUGCCAUUACGGCAUCACCGAGCUGCCCCCUGGCAUCACCUCCCUCAACAAGCUCGAGGUGCUGAACCUGGACUUCUGCACACUGUCUGCGCUGCCAGCAGUGUUGGGCGAGCUGACAGCGCUGACAACGCUGGACGUGGAGGGCAACUUGUACCUGGGGGACUCCUUCCGGGGGGCCACCACGCCCACCGCCGCCACUGCUACCACCGCAUUCGCGCCCCCGCCGUUCCCCCUGGACCUGGCCGGCCUCCAGUCCCUGCGCUAUCUCAAUCUCAACUCCUGCGGCCUCACCGCCAUCCCCUCCGUGCUGAGCACUCUGCGGAACUUGGAGACGCUGGAUCUGGAGGACAAUGAUCUGAACGCUGCACUGCCAGAGUGGCACCUGUCCAGCAGCCUGGGCUUUCUCUCGCGUCUGCAGUGCCUCAACCUCGCCCAGUGCCGGCUGGAGGCGGUGCCUGCCCAGGUGGAGAAGCUGCUGAGCCUGCGCAUCCUGGACCUGACCAACAACCGCAUCACGGACGAUGGCCUGCCCAUGUGCCUGGCGCGGCUGCCCCACCUGCGCGCCAUCGGCCUCAAGAAGAACGCGCUCACCACCGUCCCCCGCGUGCUCGGCUACAUGCGCUCCCUGCAGGAGAUCUACCUCGAGGACAACGCCGACCUCGAGGCACGCCCUUGCAAAAUGCUGAUGAAGGUGACAGUACCGCUGGAUUUCCUGGUGGAGCUGCCCAACCUGCGCAGUGUGAUGAUGGGGAAGCAGGUGGGCACGUGGACCCCUCGCUCCAUGCUCUUCAUGGCCGACUUUGCCGCCAAGCUCAUUUUGCGCCACCCCACCAAGAACGUCCUCCGCAUCUCUUGCCCCGGCCACAACGCCACGCCCUUCGACGAGGAUUAACUCUCUUUGAGGACGAAGGGAUUCCCUCAGAGGCCCAAACUCACCGCUAAUGGACAUACCUGGGGGCUGGCUUGGGGGCUGUUUGGGGCCACUGACCUUGACCCCAUGAGGGACUGACCAUGCGCGUCAUGCCCCUUGUCCAUGCGCAUUCAGGGGGGCUCUGGACGUGUAUCCCUUGUCUGCGGAUAUUGAUAGUGAUUUUAGAGGUCUGUGGCCAGUGAGAUGUGAUGUUGGGGCGUGCUUGACAGCCUCACCACAAGCAUUGGUGGGCUGUCAUGGUGGGUCCAGUGCAAUUAUGCCAUUUUGCAGCGAGCUGGUGCAUGAGGAGGGUCGUUUGCUUUUUGCUCUUGUUUUGUGGUGCUUUCAGAAAACAUCCGCAUUCCCCGUGAAGUCCAGUCGUGUUUCAAGACAAUUUUGCGCGUACUGGACUCCAGAGUAGAUGUUGAGCAUGCCUAAAAGCAACCGCCCUAUGAAUGCUGUCAAGACGUGGUGGAUGAUUAUUGCAAUAUGUGCGUGCUAACUUAUUAUUGGGAGGACUUCUCUUGAAGUUUUUUACAAUGCAGCAAUUGCCCUACGCAAGAACUGCAGGCUAUCAUGUUGGCAAUUGCAAACGUGUAAUCAGAUAAUUUGCGUGC